AUGUCAAAUAUCCUGGGGGAUCCUCUCGCACUAACCGGGUUCUGGCUGGUGCACCAAUUUCCAACCCGUGCUCCGCCUGGCUACGUACGAUCGGGGCUGGAGAUAGCAGGUGGCAAUAUAUCCUGGGCCUCAAGGCCGAUGGACCCUGAUAUCGGGGACCGCCUGCAAACUUUCAUGAAACCGAUGCAUGUGGUCCUUGCGAUCCGCGAUGCAUAUCUUGUUCUGCUUGCGAGACAACUUGAUCGCCUCAAAAAUCCCGUGGGAACAAAAGAGGGUGCCUCGGGACUGUCAAUAUAUUCCAAUGGGCCAGGCGAGGGGCAAGACUCCUGCGAUGGCAAACAGGAGCAGUCGAAUGUACAGCCACCCCUAAAUGAGGGUCUCAAAGAAAACAUGCCACCUGACGCCGAAAACUCCAACUAUCACCCCUCGGCCCUAAUAUCCUUUUUACAACGGAUCCCGUUACCUGAUCUCGGCCCCGGGUCGGACUUGCACUUGGCAUCACAGGCAUUCAAGCUACGCCUCAACAACGAACGGGCGCGAGAUCCGGGAACGCCUCGUCGAGGAGCUUUCUUCAUCACGGGCCCAGUUGGCUUGAAGGGGCCCAAUGGGUUCUGUCGCUUUGAGGUUCGGGGCGAGUUUGAUCCGGCGAGACAUGAAUGGCGAACGGUGGAAAUGGAACUCAAGGAUUUGAAUAUGCGAAGACAAAGGGCAGUGGGUAAUUGA